AUGGAGGGCAACGGGAUGUACCCGUGCCAUACAUCGGUGCUAUACACGGGACAGAAUGGGCGCAUUGCUGACAGCAUAGGCUCCAAGCUCAUCCCGGACGUGCCUCUUUUCUCCCUCCAAACCGCCAAGAAGAAGCAAAGCGUCAUGCUCUACCUCACCUCCCUUUGCUCUCCCAUAUGUCGCUAUGGUGGCGGCGCGCUGGGGGGCAUGGCGGGCAGGUUCGGCAACAUGACGAGUGCAACCGUCAUGUUGGGCAACGCCAAAGUUCGGCACCCUGCGGGGGUGGUCGCUGUAUACGGAGGAGGCGCUGGUGGGGUCGGCAACAACGGGGAAAGCUGGUGGGGUCGGCAACAACGGGGAAAGCUGGUGGGGUCGGCAACGACGGGGAAAGUGCGGAACGUGACGAUUUAUCUGAUUCAGCCCAGCUGCGCGAAAUACGCACUGCUGCCGCAGAGCUCCAACAUUGCAUUUUCUGGCUUCAACAUGACCAUCCAGCUGAAAAUGUUCACGGCCAAUCCAGUACGCCUGCAGCUGCUGGCCUACGGGGUGUUCAUCCUCAUGCAGAUCUCCUUCUCCCUUCUCACCUCCACCGCUUCAACAACUCCAAGGUCGCAACGGUCGCCUGCUACUUCCGGAGCGUUGAUCGCCCUCCAACUCAUCCCCGCCUUCUCCAUCUACCACUGCCUCUACGAGUUCGCCUCGUCAGCAUACGACACAGCCGUGAUGAACGGAGCCGGCACGCUGACGUGGCAGUCAGCCCAAAACGCGGGAUUCUUCGCAGCAGUGCUCAUCCUCCUUAUAGAGGCGCUCGUUUUCCUGCUAGUGGGGUUGUAUCUGGACCAGGUGGUGGCGGUGGGUAGCAGCGUGCGGAAGCAUCCUCUGCUGGGGCUGCAGAAGCUGUUCAAGAAGGGCAAGAGGAAUGAUGCAGAGGCAGGAUGCGAGGAGGAGCAGUGUGAUGGAGGAGGGAGCGGGCGACAAGGACAAACCGGAUGUGGUGGAAGAGAGAGCCCUGUUGGAUCCCUGCUGCAUUCCGACUCGGAGCAGCUGCCGUCCUCCCCGCACUACUCCAUCAUCUGCGACCGUCUCAGGAAGGUGUAUCCGGGCCGAGACGGCAACAAGCAGAAGGUGGCCGUGCGGGACCUCUCAGUCGCCGUGGCGAGGGGGGAGUGCUUUGGCAUGCUGGGGCCGAACGGGGCGGGCAAGACAACCACACUGAGCAUGAUGAUGGGGUUCCUGCAACCGAGCGAAGGCGCGGCGAUUAUUGAAGGCAUGGGGAUUGUGGACGAUAUGGACGCGAUUUACUCCAUCAUGGGCGUGUGCCCUCAGCACGACCUCCUGUGGGAGCAGCUGACAGGCAGGGAGCACCUACUGUUCUACGGGCGGCUGAAGAAUCUCCGCGGGCAGGAGCUGAAAGACGCCGUGGAGAAGUCCCUCAAGAGCGUGAACCUGCUGGCAGGGGGCGUGGGGGACAAGGUGUCCGGCCAGUCCAGUGGCAGCAUGAAGAGACGCCUCAGUGUCGCCAUCUCCCUUAUAGGCAACCCCCUUGUUGUGUAUAUGGAUGAGCCCAGCACGGGGCUGGAUCCCGCUUCAAGGAAGCUUCUGUGGGACGUGGUGAAGAAGGCUGCUAAGAAGGACCGAGCGAUCGUGCUGACGACCCACUCUAUGGAAGAGGCCAAAGCUCUCUGUGACAGGCUCGGCAUUUUCGUGAGCGGGCAGUUAGAGUGCAUCGGCAACGUGCGCCAGCUCACCACGCGUUACGGCGGGACGUACGUGCUGACGGUUACCACACCUCUGGAGGAAGAGGAGAACAUCGGGCGGGUCGUAAAUUCCAUCUGCCCGAACGCGAAGCGUAUCUACAGCCUGGCAGGCACGCAAAAGUUUGAGAUGCCCAUGGCUGAGGUGGAGGUUGCAGAUGUGUUUGCGACGAUUACUUCGGUGCGCAACCAAAUGUCGAUUCGGACAUGGUGUUUCCCCAACACGACUCUGAAAGACGUGUUUAUCAAGAUUGCCAAGACUGCCCAAGCAACGCCGGUAUAA